AUGAUUGUCUUAUAAUGCAAUGUUUUUAUAAAAUGUAUUUUUAUCUUUAAAAUAUCUGCAUUUUUGUUACCGUAAAGCAUUUAUGACUCGGAUUUUUUACAUUUUCCUGCAGCAACUUUUUUUUUUUUUUUUUUUUUUUUACAGAGAUAACGAAGUUUCUUUAUGUUGUUUUGAAGUUCUUCAGCGGAAACAGCAUUGUUUAUUUCCGGUGUUCAGAGGGCGGCUGUGAAACAAAGAACCUUGUGUGUAUUCUGAUUCCGGAAGCCGUUCCAGCAGCCCUUUAACCGCUUCUUGUUCACCGCGGCGCUGGGAUUGAAACACGGCACUGAGGAUGACGAUCCUGAACCUGUCCUUUGCCGCAUGUGGGUUUUUGGGGAUCUACCACUUAGGUGCUGUAGGGGCCUUCCUUCGCCAUGGAGAAAAGCUGCUGGGCUCCCUGAGGGCAUGUGCAGGGGCUUCAGCCGGAGCACUGGCGGCUGCUGUGAUGAUCACGGCUCCAGAUAAGCUGGAGCACUGCACAGAGUUCACCUACAGGUUUGCUGAAAGUGUGAGACAACAGAGGUUUGGAGCCAUUACACCAGGAUACAACUUCAUUCCCACUCUACGAGAAGGGCUUGAGGAGAUUCUGCCCAGUGAAGCUCACAGUUUGGCAAAUGACCGACUCUAUGUCUCAUUAACACACUCAAGAACUGGGAGGAACCACACUGUAUCCAGGUUUACCUCCAGGGACGAGCUUAUAAAGGCUCUGCUUGCCAGCAGCUUUGUGCCUGUUUAUUCUGGGCUCAAACCAGUGGAGUUUAAUGGACAGAAAUGGAUUGAUGGAGGGUUUACUGACAGCCUGCCCAUACUCCCAGUGGGACGAACCAUCACUGUGUCUCCCUUUGCUGGGCUGCAGGAUGUGUGCCCUGCCCACAGGGGGCGCAUCAACACUCAGCUCACUCUUGCCAACAUGAACAUUAUGUUUUCCAUGGAGAACAUCAAACGACUGAAGCAGGCUUUGUUCCCUCCAUCCCCUGGCACCAUGCAUGCAUUAUGUGAGGAAGGCCACACAGAUGCAGUGCAGUUCCUGAAGAGAGAGGACCUGAUGAGCUGACAGUCACAUCCCGGGAUCAAAAGCCCCAUCCCCCAGGAUGAGGCAAAGAAUCAUUUACAGGAGAGUCCUGACUUCUUUAAGGUUCUUUUUUAGUGUAAAUGAGGGAAAAACCUCAUCUUCUGCUGACAGUAGCAGAACACCAUGAAGUGCCCUCAUGUUGACAUGGACUUUUAAUCAAUUUUCCAGGGAGCCAUUUACUUUCCCUAGCUUGUAGUGAGAGAAGGGUGAAUGGAUAUCCUCGGUGCUGCAUGGUGAAUGUUGGAAGCUCCUUUAGGCCUUGAGUGUGUGGCUUUGAAGUGCCUGAUGUUUCUGGAGGGUUAUUUUUUUAUUGUCUUCCAGCAGAUGGACACGUGAUCACAUUCCUCAACUGAUAAUCAACUUAGAAAAGCUUGGUUCAUUUAUUAUAAUGAUGAAAUGAUAAUCAGAUAUACACUACCUUAUGUAAAAUGACUUUAGGUCACCUUGGUGACUGUUCUAGCCAUUCUAACUCAAAUAAAGAACUAGAGGAGUUCUCCAUUUUA